AUGUCUCAGACCAACUCUGAUCACACCUACAACACUCCGGCCGAGAUCGACGAGAUCCAUGCCCGCCUCACGCGGACGUUCUACUCGGGGGUGACGCGCCCCCUCGCGUACCGCCGCAAACAGCUGCUGCAGCUCGCGCGCAUGCUCCAGGACAACCACGUCGCCUUCGAAGACGCCCUCCUCGCCGACAUCGGCAAGCCGCGCCUGGAGUCCAGUCUCUCCGAAGUCGUGCACUGUCUCACCAACGCCCUCACCGCGGCCGACAGCCUCGAGACAUGGGCCGCGCCCAAACCGUGUCCAACCACGGCAGCCUGGCGCGCGGACUGGGGCGCGACGCUCCACAAGGAACCGAAGGGUGUCGCCCUCAUCAUCUCACCCUGGAACUAUCCCCUUGUGCUCACCCUGAAUCCUCUCAUCGGUGCAAUCGCCGCCGGCUGCCCCACCGUGCUCAAGCCGUCCGAACUCGUCCCCGUCUUCUCCCAGCUCCUCGCCACCCUCCUCCCGCGCUACCUCGACCCCACCGCGUACGCCGUGGUAAAGGGCAGCGUGCCCGAGACGACGCACGUGCUCGGCCUGCGCUGGGCGCACAUCCUGUACACGGGCAGCAGCCGCGUCGGGCGCGUCGUCGCAGCAGCGGCGGCCGCGCACCUCACGCCCGUCACGCUCGAGCUGGGCGGCAAGUCGCCCGCGGUGAUUGCGGACGACGCGGACCUCACGCUCGCCGCGCGCCGCAUCUUGCACGGGAAGAUCCAGAACGCGGGCCAGCUGUGCGUGUCGCCGGACUAUGCGGUGGUGUCGCGCGGGCGCGUAGGCGCGUUUGUGGAGGCGCUGAAGAGCGCGCAUGCGGAGUUCUGGCCGGAGGGCGACCACCCGUUGACGGGGAACGCCCCGUUGAGCAACAUCAUCAACGCAAGCCAUCAUGCAAGGCUCGUCGAUAUGUUGAAGCGCACAAAGGGGAAGAUCGCGUUUGGUGGGGAGACGCACGGACAGAAGGGCAUUACCCCGACGGUGCUGACAGACGUCCCCGAAGACGACGUCUUGAUGGAAGAGGAGAUCUUUGGUCCCAUUCUUCCGAUUAUUGCCGUGGACGCCGUGGACCACGCCAUCCGCGUGAUAAAUUCCAAGCCCACUCCACUGGUGAUUUACCUGUUCACGGAUAAGGAAGAAAUCAAGCAGAAGUUCCUCCAACGGACACAAAGCGGACAGUUGGUCCAAAACGACGUGGUCAUGCAGCUUGCAGUAAACGAGAUGCCCUUCGGCGGCCAGGGAGAGUCUGGAUGUAAGUAUACUGCGAGCUUCGACACGUUUACGCACCUCCGCGGAUACAUCAAUAUAUCCUCCGCCCAAGAGCCGUUCCUGCAGGGAAGAUAUCGCCCAUACACCGACGACAAGUACCAGUUCGCCUGUGCACCCGGCAAAGUCAAGAUACCUGACGCGUGA